AUAAGGUCAAAUAUUAUCUAUUUGCAGUAGGUUUGGAAUUAUUUACAAUUAUGACAGUGCACACUAAAACAUUGCUACAUUUGUUUCUUCUAGCUUAUGCUUGUUAUGAUGUAGUAGGUUUAACUUGUGGUAACUGUCAAGACGUCCUUAAACCAGAACAAUGCACAACAAAAACACAGUGUGGGUCUGACCAGUUGUGUGGAAUUAAUCAAUUUAUGUCAAGCUUUGCCUUAGAACUGAGAUUUCACUUAAGAUGUAUGACAAGAUCAUUAUGCAGUAAUCUUCAGUCCCUUCCGGGUGAUAAUUUAUGUGUUCAGUGUUGUAAUACCAGUAUGUGUAAUACACAUGUUUGCAGGGAAGCAACAACAAUACCGACAACAUUAUCAACAAAAAUGUCGACACCACCUACAAUGAAGCUUACAACAAAAGUUCCAAUAUUAUCAACUACAAUACAAACAACACCAACAACUACGCUCGCAACAAAAGUUCCAUCAACAACCACGACACCGCCUCCGCCACUAGUUCUGAUUUCAAAAAGCAUAAUAAUUCUCCAUUCUGGGCAUAGUAGGGACCAGUUUACAUGUAUAGCUGAAAAUGUAGAUCACCUGAACAUAUAUGUCGAUGGAAUGAAAAUUAAAACUAUUUCUAAGAUAACUGUGAGUAAUAUUCGAUAUGAAAAAGUAGUAACGAUCUGGAGGAAUGCAACAUAUAAAUGUGAGGGAGUCAACACCGGAACUACGAAGAGCGCAAGUGCAUCAGUCUCUGUAUUUGUUAGAGGAACUCUUCCUUACUUUCCGGUCAAAGAUACGAACGACGUGUAUGUACAAGGCGGCGCAACUGUAGGAUUAACUUGCAUACCGGAAGGUGACCCAAAGCCAACGAUCACGUGGACACUUCCAAAUAUGGAUAGCAACACCAGACAAACAUUUAUUGAUUUCUAUUAUGAAAGAGUUGAGCUUAGAUUGAAGAAUAUGACACCAAUCCUUGUGGGAACGUACACUUGUGCUGCUCACAAUCCUCUUGGAACUGCAACGUUCACUUAUCAUGUGUUCUACAAAAAUGCAUCAGUUGUACCGAUCCUGACAACACAGUCGACGGCAACUCUGAUGAUAAAACCAGAUAUUUUCUUACAGCAAUCCAUAAAUGUAACAGAGGGUAGAACCACAUUAGCGAUUCCAUGUUCAGCGGAUGGUAUUCCUGUUCCUAAAAUCCAUUGGUCAGUUGACCAGGGGUCAAUGCCUAGCAAUAUCCAACAGUAUCAAAAUUAUUUGAUUAUACACAACGUUGGUCUACGGGACAGUGGGUAUUAUAAAUGUACAGCUACAAACAAAGCUGGAACAACAGUGAAAGGAAUCCGUAUUAUUGUCAACCCAAAACCUCAUAUCCCUCCAACAGUUAGUUUGAUAACAAACUUACAAGUUCAAUAUGGAUCAACUGUACACCUUCAUUGCAAUGCAACAGGAUAUCCGGAACCGGAAAUCUUGUGGUUUGUCAACGGUGUACAAAGCGGGAAAUCGAAGGAUUUUAUCAUACCCAUGGCAAAACUUAUAGACACAGGAGCUUAUGUAUGUGUUGCUGUAAAUGAUGCCGGAAGAGAUCAAAAGACGUCAAUUCUACUUGUUUCCGGAACUCAUCCUUCUAUUGUGACAUCAACGCCUACAACUGUCACAACAACUUCCACAAAACCUGUGUCACUGACGUGUAAUGCAACAGGAAAUCCACCUCCAACAAUCACAUGGAGGUUUCAAGCAUUUGUAGGACCUAGUCAUAUUCAACAGACAUUAUCGUCUGAUAAUUCGACCUUGACAUUGAGUCAUGUUGAUAGAUCUGGGACAGCAAUGUGCACGGCAUCCAAUCCACUAGGACAAGUUCAAGCCUCUUUUUCAAUCAUUUUAGUUUCACAAAGUACUAUCGUAGGCAGAUAAUUCAUCAGGUCAAGAGUAGAAGGUC